AGUGGCCCCCAGGGGCUGGCAGGCGUGCGGGCUCCAGGCCCAGGCUCUGUGGGGGCAAUGGUCUGCCAUGAGGAAGGUGAAAGAGGAGAAACAAAGAACCAGAAUCCUAGGAUGUUCAAAAUGAGGGAUGCUUGGAAAGCAUAGGGCAGUCCACCUCCCUUGCUGUGGGGAACCAAGGCCCUGGCAUUGAUGAGCAGCACACGCUGCAGUGGGGCAGAGGCAAAGCUGAAAGCUACCUCCUCGCUACCUGACCUCAGAGUUCCCCCACUGCUCAGCCUUCUCUGGGGAUGGGAGCUGGAGGGGCCGGGGCUUUGGAUCCGUGGAGAGCAGGGGGCCAAGGUGGACAGUGAGCACUGGGCAGGGACCACCCCUGUGGGUCCCCAUGGGGAUGGCUGCCUCCCUCCAGACAUCUUUUCUCCACGUGUGCCUUCCAGGUGUUUCCUUUCGCUCCUGGGUCUCUCUCCCCCAGCUGGCUCUCAGACUAAUUAGUGUGGGGGCUUUAGUGAGCCUGGAGGGAGGCAAGGCAAGCCUUUCCCACGAGCUCAGAUUCCUGCAGGCUGGUGGCCGGGCCAGAGCAGGGAUAGGGGAGACGAUGAAAUGUAUGUGUGGGGAGGGCGUGUCUGCACAAAGACGGAGGAAUGUCUCAUCUUCCCAGACAUAAGCACUCGACCCUACAGAAACCUCUCUGGCGUAGGAGCCGGGAGACCACGGCUUUCCCCGCAAGGAGGACAGAGGGGUCGCCCCCACUCCCGGCGCCGCCACCGCACCACCUUCAGUCCAGCGCAGUUGGAACAGCUGGAGUCAGCCUUUGGGAGGAACCAGUACCCUGACAUUUGGGCCCGAGAGGGCCUCGCCAGGGACACAGGACUCAGUGAGGCCAGAAUCCAGGUCUGGUUCCAGAACCGCAGAGCUAAGCAGAGGAAGCAAGAGCGGUCACUGCUCCAGCCACUGGCCCACCUGUCUCCUGCCACCUUCUCCGGUUUCUUGCCCGAGCCCCCCGCUUGCCCCUACUCCUACCCAACGCCACCCCCACCAAUGACCUGCUUCCCUCACCCCUACAAUCAUGCCCUUCCCUCUCAGCCCUCCACGGGUGGCUCCUUUGCUCGACACCCCCAGUCUGAAGACUGGUAUCCCACCUUGCACCCAACCCCCACGGGUCAUCUGCCCUGCCCCCCAGCCCCACCUGUGCUUCCCCUCAGCCUUGAGCCACCAAAGUCCUGGAACUAAGGUUAAACAAGCGCCCACAAGAUACUUUCCCAGCCCUCAUGAAACACAGAGGGUGGCUUCCUUUCCUUCUAAGGGUGAAGUAGAAAUAUGGUGAAGGGAGUUGCCACUGCAGCACAAUGGGAUCAACAGUGUCUCAGGUUCAACCCCCAGCCCAGCACAGUGGGUUAAAGGAUCUGGCAUUGCCACAGCUCUGUCAUAGUCUGGAUCUGAUCCCUGGCCCAGGAACUCCAUAUGCCGAGGGGUGACCAAAAAAAAGAGAGAAAAAAAAAAAAGAAAUAUAGUGAAAGGCAGCUCAGAGAUUGGGAACUGAAAAAUGGGAGCUCCUGAUGAAGGUUUACUGAGGUGUUUCAUUGAGUGAAUUUGGGGAGGUGAAAUUAUUGGAAGACACAGGUAAAGAGCCCCAUUGGAGGUGACUGGUAGAAGGAUGGCAUUGAUGGAAGCAGUGGUUGCCGCUGGUGAGUGGAAAUGGUUGAAGGGAGUAGAAUUGGGGGGGCUUCACUCAUUGAGAUCACAAUCAAAGAUCUUCAUCCCUGUCGUUUCUAGCUGAUUUCAGUAAGGCUUUGGCUUUAAAGUCUACCUGUACAUCCUUUUCCCCUCACCACCCCCCAAAUCACUCAUUAACGUGUGUUCCUUCCAUCCUAGAAAUAGCUCUUGAAUUUAUUCUUCUCUUUUCCUUUCCAGCAGACACUUUCUUUCUGGCCCCACAUUUUCUAAUUAAUCCUUCUCCUUCGUUCCCUUAGUUCCAGUCUUUCCCACUGCCAACAGAUCUUGCCAAUCCGAUCAUCAAAGAAUGGCUCUCCGAUGUCUUACAAAAAUAAAUAAAUGAUAUCUAGUUUG